AUGGAGACACGUCGUCGACGAUGCGACGAAGAUCAGGAGCAGCGGCGCGGUUCGCCUCUACGUCGCGUGAGAGGCAGGCCGCAACGCGACCAAGUUCGCCGUGAAGAAACCGAUCGGUUAACUCCUCCACCACCACCACCUCCACCUCCUCCUUCUCCAGCGCCUCCAUUACCUUCUCCACCAACUUCACCAGAGCAGCAGAGAACACCAGCGCACUCACCCGGAGCUUCGGGAGAGGAGACUCCGGCACCUCAGGCACAGAUCUCUGGUCAAGACUGGAGGCGCUUGAUCCGUAGUGUUGAUGAUAUAUGGCAGCAAAACGAUUACUUAAAAGAACAGCUAGAAUAUUAUCGUUCUGAGCAGCAGGAUGAAGGCGAGCGCGAAGCGGAAGCCGUGGCUGAAUUCGAACCGUUCUCAACGGCAGUAAGGGAGGUUGCUAUACCAGAUAACAUGAAGAAUAUUGUCCUUGAGACAAACAGCGGGAAAGCUGAUCCCAAAGAGCACCUACUAUAUUUCAAUACAAAAAUGGUGAUCAGUGCCGCUUCCGACGCUGUGAAGUGCAGGAUGUUUCCAGCUACGUUCAAAGGCAUAACCAUGGCGUGGUUUACCACGCUACCUCGAGGAUCCAUCACUAAUUUCCGUGACUUUUCAUCAAAAUUCCUUGUCCAGUUUUCCGCCAGUAAAACCAAGCAAGUGACAAUUGAGGAUCUCUGCAACAUUCGUCAAUCUGAGGGCGAGACUCUAAAGCAGUACGUAAAACGAUUCAGCGCGGCAUCAGUAAAAAUUGAGGAGUCAAAGCCGCACGCCUGUGCACGUGCCUUCAAGAACAGGUUGCAGCCGGGGAAGCUGAAUAGCAAGUUGAGCCGCAAGCCGGCUCGGUCCAUGGCAGAGAUCCGGACGCGAGCAAACACCUAUAUUCUGGACGAAGAGGAUGAUGCUUUCAAGCGAAGGCGCGCGAAAAAGGAGAAAGACGGCGAACGGGGGAACGCUUCGCCUGAAGAGAAACAGAAUAAGGAGAGGGGAGAGGGCAGCAAAAGGCGAGACAGGAAGGUGAGGACAGGAGAGAAGGCUGCGAAGGAGCCAUUGUACCCCAAGAGAGAAAAUUUUGAGCGCCGCAGACCGUGGCAUCAAGCUGACCCUCGCCGGGGAGAGGAGUCAGGGAAGAGUCUAAAUGCACAUUUGAUAGAGUUGCUUCGAGAGGUCAAGGCAACCCACGCGGUUGAGGAAGGCGAGAAAGAGGCCGACCCGCCCCGAGUGGCGUUGGAUAAAACGAAGUGGUGCGAGUAUCACCGCUCGGCGGGCCACGACACGGGAGAUUGCUUUACCCUGAAGAACGAGAUUGAGAGGCUCAUUCGAGCGGGACGAUCGCAGAUGAACGACCGUGGCGAUCGGUGGAAUGGAGAACGACAGCAAGGGAACCGGGGCGGAGACACAGCGUCGGCAAGGCGAAGGCACGUGAGAGCGGUGACAUCAGUGCAACAGUAUGAAACCCCAUUCGGUUUCCAGCAUCCAGAUAUUGUGAUAUCGUCGGCAGAUUUCGAAGGGAUCAAGGCACACAAAGACAAUCCUGUGGUUGUAAUGAUAAGGAUUAACAGUUUUAAUGUGCGGCGGGUUCUUUUGGACCAAGGAAGCUCCGCUGACAUCAUCUACGGCGAUGCUUUUGAUCAAUUAGGAUUGACGGACAAAGAUUUGAUGCCCUAUACAAGAACGUUGGUUGUGGCAUCUUACAACGUCAUCAUUGGAAGGAACACACUCAAUCGCCUCUGUGCAGUAAUUUCGACGGCACACCUGGCGGUGAAAUAUCCGUUGAUGAGUGGAAGAGUGGAAAAGAUUGUAGUUGAUCAAAGGAGGGCGAGAGAAUGUUACAACAACUGUCUCAGCCUGUAUGGAAAGAAAGGAGCUGGCGAGGGACACAGGUGUCAUGAGGUUGAGGUCAUCCAAGGUAAUCAAGGCAGGCAAGGGGGAACGAAGCAGGGGGUUGACAGGAAGAUAGCAAGAUCAGGGAGCAACAAAGGACAGGUCAGGAUAGAUGGCAGGACGAGCAAGGAUGGACAGUUCACGGACGCGCAUGUAGAGGAGCGUUGGGCAAGUGUGAUCGCAGAUUUAGAAGCGUAUAAAUUCAGCAGGGGUGUUGGCGAUCGAGCCUAG